AUGACGUUUCAAGUACUCGUAACCCCCACCCGCGUGGAGUCCCAUCACGAGCUGUGGGUGUCCCGCUGGGCUGCCACGCCGGACGGAAAGCACCGCACUCGCGCCGCCGCUUUCCACGGGACUCCCCCCCACCCCGAGUCCCCCCUCCGCACUCGGGCCGCGACCAUGACGGAGGAAAGUCGGGGCAAGAGGAGGAAACAAGCCAACCCGAGGAGAAGUCGAGUGGACGCAGAGCAAGUGGGUUCAUUGGGGUCCGAGGGUGAAGAUGAGGUCAGCCUCUGGAGCCUGGAGCCCCAGGGCUAUCAGGAGAGCCCGGACAAAACCAGCCGGACACCCAGCGAGGGCACGGAGGAACCCGGCAGCCCCACCCUGUCCGGGCAGCCCCAUAGCCUCAGUCCGGGGAGCGGUGGCGGCGAUGGCAGCAGGAAAUUCUGGGCCCAGGUGGAGCCGGAAUCCGAGGCCACAGAUGACGCCGGCAGCGGCGCCGCCUUUGCCACCAUCAGGGAGGGGGAACAGGGAUCACUGAGGAUGCACUGUAAGAGCUCAGACUCAGCUCAGAAUGUUGACUUAGAUUACCUGGCCCAUUAUGAGUUCCUAGCCAAGAUAAGAAAGGCCUCGACCUCCGCAAGCCUGUUGAACCACUUCGGCCGCAACGGCACGACCACCGGGAACCGUAUGCAGGGCGACAGUGGGGGGACGCAUGAGGAGCUGCCGCCUGCCAUGUGGUCCCCGGGAGUUCAGCACCUAUCGCUUGAGGGAGCAGACGCAAGGAGGCGGCUGCAGGCCUGUCCCUUUUGCCAAAGAACUUACCAACAUGGAGCCUCACUGAGGGACCACAUCAAAUACUGCCAGGAGCGGAACCGGGCCCACAUGGCGUGCCCAUUCUGUGGGUACACUGCCCCCCAUAGGGCGCAAUUGGAACAACACUUGGCACUACACCAUCAAGUGCAGGACAAGAGUGCCAUUGCCUUGAAUCAGGCCAUAGAGACCAGGAAGUUCAAAUGUCUGCAGUGUGGAAAGGCCUUCAAGUACAAACAUCACCUCAAAGAGCACCUCCGCAUCCACAGUGGAGAAAAACCAUACGAGUGUGCCAACUGCAAGAAACGCUUUUCUCACUCAGGCUCCUACAGUUCCCACCUUAGCAGCAAAAAGUGCCUUGGCAGUGGAGGAACAAGCUUUAACGGACAUAGCCAAAACUCCUACCAGCACUCCUUUCUAGCAUCUUCCCCCACAAAGCGGGAGAGGAACAUUAAAGGCUCUCCUUCGGCGAUUCAAGUGCAAGACAGUAGCAAGAUUCCAAGCCAGAAACUGGAGGAUCCUUCCCAACUUUCGUUCCAGGACUUUAGCUUCCGAAAUUCCGAGCUAGCUUCCCUUUGCAACUCCUCAGCAGAGCUUUCGCUGAGAGCCAGCAUCUUGAAAGGGACCCCCCUGUUUCCUUACCUUGAGUCUGGGUCCAAGUUUGAGCAAAUGCUGCAGGAGAUGCUUCACAGGGAGGUGCGGAAGUACGAGGACAUUAACAGGAAUGGACGAGGUCCUGACAAUAAGGUGUCUCCCGAGAGAGGAGCUACAAGAGAGGAGACUGGGGAUCGUCAGACAGGGGUUCUCGGUGUUACGUGUCGCUGGUGCUCUCAGGUUUUUCCCAACGUGGUGGUUCUUCUGCAGCACGAGCGCUACCACUGUAAGAUGAACCGAGAACCUGUGGACGUGCCUGAGGGUCUUCACAACAAAGACCACCACUUUCCACCUUUAUUCCUAUCCAGGUCGGAGAUCAGCAAAACAAACGACGUAACCAACGGAGCUUCUGGAAAUGAAUCCCCAGUGCGAAAGUGGCCUUCGGUACCUCAACAGUUUCUGGUCGCACUGCAUUCAUCUCACGACAAUUUGGACUCUUCCAAUCAGGAAAAGGGCAGUCCUAGCCGAGCUUUGGAGUUGUCGUCCCCUCACACCAGAAGAAGACUCCCAUCCCUGGGUUCUCCCCUUGGACUAGACCUCAGUGGCCAUCCCUCAGAACUCUCAUCACCUCAGAACCAUUCUCAAAAUGAGCCUCUGGACCUUUCUGUGCGCAAGCAAAUAGCAGACCAAAGAAAUGUUAAUGGCAUCUCCGCCACAAGGGAGCAGACGGAAGAAAGGACCAAACAGCUGAGUCGGCAGAGUCCCAAUCAACUUUCUGACCAAUCCUUACAACCUCACCCUAUGUACAGAGGACAUGGCGCUUCCAUGUUUCCGGGUUCCUUAUACAAUGGAUUCCCCUUCUUUAGUCAGUCUGCUUUGGGCUUCACAGGACAUGAUGGCAUUGGACAUCUUCCUUUUAACCCAUCACCGAUCAGCCCUGGAUUUCUCUCACCCUUGGCUUACAUGGUGGAGGCAGAGUCGGAGGCGACAUUGAAAAAACUCCACCAGGAGAGACAAGCGCUCAUGGGGGAAGUUUUAAACCGUGGAGCUCUAGACUACCUCUCAAUGAUGGAUGAAGGCUUGGAGGGUGAAGGUGGACCGGGACGCAAAAGGCUGAAGAAGACGGACGAGGGUCUUUACGCUUGCGACAUCUGCGAAAAAACCUUCCAGAAAAGUAGCUCUUUGCUCAGACACAAAUACGAACACACAGGCAAGCGUCCUUACGAAUGCAAAGUGUGCAACAAGGCAUUCAAGCACAAACACCACCUUAUCGAGCACAGCCGCCUCCACUCAGGGGAGAAACCCUAUCAAUGUGACAAGUGUGGCAAGCGCUUCUCACACUCGGGAUCGUACUCUCAGCACAUGAACCACCGCUACGCUUACUGCAGCAAGGACCAAGACCACGACCAGGACCACAACGACCUGCCCAGGGAGCCCACCACCCUGUCUGCAGAGGACACACAAACGCAACAGUCUUUCCUCAGCGAUGCCAGUCUGGACGGAGCAUCCGAGGCUCUCAAAGAGGAUGAAGACGACCAGGAAGAAAGAGCCGAGGAAGAGCCAAUAAGCAGAGAAACACCUGAGGACCGAAGUUGCACUGGAGCAAACCACUUGGACGGGGCUGAGCUCUGGGAGUCCCAAGCUCAGGUCCAGAACGGAGACUUAGAAAAAUGUGAACUUAGCCUGGAUAUAACAGAUCUACCCCGGAUACAAACCUGA